AUGGCCGCGCAUGCGCUCCGACGGAGGAGGCUGCCCCCGCCCCCAGGAAGGCGGAAGUGGCCGUCCUGGAGCCGCGCCGGCGUCGCCAUGGAAGCCGCGCGGGGGGUCGACGGCAGCGGCGGGAGGCGGACCCUGCCGGUGCGGCUGCGGAAGCGGAAGUCGACGCUGUACAGGCCCGCCCCCUCCGGGACCCUCGCGGGGCGGGGCGCGGGUGAGGAGAGGCCGCGGUCCACCUCGCGGGGCUGUUGUGAGGCCGAAGUAGCCGCGGCCCCCUCGCUGGGAGAGGCCUAAGGAAAGGCUGGAUCCUGCGGGCAGGAGGGGGCCUUUCCCGCAGGGGCCGAGCGACGCUUGGGGGCGGUCCGUCCCAGGAGCAUGCACGUCCAGGGAGGCUCCCUCCAGCUGCCUUGACCAACACCUGCAGGGCCAGAGGAAGAGGCCACGUCAUGCACGAAGCACAUUUCCAGCCUCCCUCCCACCCCUUGGGGGACUCUUGGGCCCCUGGGAUGUCUGUCCCUCAAAAGGCAGUGAGGAGGCCCCAUCCCUUGGGAAGGUCUCCUGCACAAACUCCGUGGGAGGCACGCAAGGCUGCUGUGAUACCUAUUCAAAUCCGUGGCCCUUGUGCAAGAGAACUUCCUGCUGGGUUACAGGAUGCUUGAAUGGGGGCAGGGAGGACCUUUGCACUUACUGCCUCCUCCAGCACCAAGAUGCCUUGGAGAUGACAGCGUUGUUGCUGCCACAUGGCACCUGACGGGCAGGAGCUGGUGGCUUUGGUGCUUCCCUUUUGUAGAUCUGUGGCCAGAGCGAAGCCCUGGUGGCUGGCCAGAGGAAGGCCAGUAGUGCAGAGCAAGGGCAGCUGUGGCAUCUUGCUGUGUAUGGUCACAGCUGUCUCUCAGCCACUUCCAUUCUCCUUUCAAACCAUUAAAGGCAUGGCUGCUGACAAAAACCUGUUCAAGUCUGGAGACUUUGUCCUUGUCCCCCCUUUGAGGCCACCUGCCCCAGGUCAUUGCAGCCUUUCCUGGUUUAGCAAAGGUAGAAUUGCUAGUCAGGGUCCCAACAGCUGACCCUUGCUGUGGAGUUCUAGUAAGGAAAAUUCCAGGACUCGGGAGCCUGGGGGAUUCAGUGCUCACUUAGCUCUUCAGAUGUGACUGUAGAUUCAUCUCUGAAGAGCCUCUUUUGUUUCAGCCUCUUCAAAGAGAAGAAAGACAGUUCUAAUUUAGAGAAAAGUCAAGGUCCCCGUCCCCCCACCAUCAAGCUUCUGUUUUGCUAAGGUUGUGGUGUAAAAGCCAGUUUUAGAGUUGUCCACAAACUAAGGGAUGUUAGAAUUCCUGACAAGUCUGUAGAGCACGAGACUCUUAAUCUCAGGGACAUGGGUUUAAGCCUCACAUUGGGCAAAAGACAUUGUAGCGGGUUGGACUAGAUGAUCCUUGUGGUCAUUUCAGACUCUGCAAUUCUAUGAUUCUGUGACACUGAGAAAUCAAUUCACAGCUUUGGAGGCAGGGCAAGAAUUGAAAUAAGACUCCCAAAAGGUAUCCAAGGUUUAUUUAUUUGCAACUGAUUACAACAUAACCGCAAAAAACCCACUGUGCAUGAGGUUAAUCCCAUCUGCUUUUUUCCAGCUCUUGUUGGGGAAAACCUUUAUCUGUGCUUGUUUACCAUCACGGUGAGGCUACUAAACUGCUUCUUAGUCCAGACAAGCUUUGUCCCAGAUGAAUAUUGGCAGUCACUUGAAGUCGCACAUCAUAUGGUUUUCAAAUAUCCUUUUUUUUAUGUAGUGAAAUUUUAAGUGAAAGUUUUCCCUAGUUAGGACAGGUCAGAAGUAGAUCCCACUGAGCAGAAUGAGACUCACUUCAGCAUAAAGUCAACAUGCUUUGGACUGUCCUGUUGGGCUGCACAACUUGAGAGUAAAUCCAAGUUCAGUCCUAGGAGUGGCUUGCUGCCUGCAGUUGCCUAGGGCAGCUACUUUAGUGAAGUGGAAACUCUACCUGUGUGCAGCCUUGAAUUCUGUGAUUGUGGGAUGUAAAUUUAUCAAGUAAAGGAACAUGGCUGUGGUUGAGCUUGUGGCUGGGUUAAGGUAGCCUGUUAGAAGAGGCCUAGGAAGCAUCAUGUAGGCUGCCUGGAGUGUAUAGGAUCAGGCUUGGAAGGAUUCUUAUUUUAUCAUAUUGUCACAACGGGGCCAUUUUGAAUAUCAGUUGUCAUGAAGCAUUAGGCAGUGCAGAGGCCCCUGAAGCUCAGGUGUGGGGCUUGGAUGGUUUCCUUGAAGGCCUAUCCAUUCCUUUCCCUCUCCCUCCAGCAUGCUCAAAGAUACAAGGAACUUGAGACGCAAACUGGUAGUGGAAAAGGCUCUUGCCUGCCACUGGAACGUGCCAGCUGGAUGACUCUUGACACAUCUGAGAUGUGGGUUUGGGUGGAACAAGAUUCAGUUUUUCAGCAGGUGGGGGUAGUGGUAAUUUAGUAAUUGUCAAAGGCCCUAAAAUAUUACAUUAGUUGAAUUUUGAUGAGUUUGUUGGAGGUUGGCCACAGAACACCAUGCUCCAUGCCUGUUCUUUAUGAUAUCUUUAAUUAUGAUAAUUAUGGCUAUUUGACCUGGGAGUGGACAGAAGGUCUGCGGAGCCAUCUCUACCCUCUGCUGUUCGCAAGCAUUUAUAAAGUGUUGCACCUGCUUAACAAGGAUGGUGUUCAGCUGCUGGUGAGUGUGGACUUGGGUGUCAUUCAGCUGCUGCCAGAAACACAUCAAGCAUUUUGCUUUUGUGGCAAGAAUUAUCUAGUUACGCUAAUGCUUCAUCCCACAGAAGCAUAUCUCAUGGUGCCUCUGCUGAGGACAUGCAGGCAAAUACCCAGAGAUGGUGGGAGGCGGGUUGGGGAUUGUCCAUGUUGGGAUACUGUCGGGGAGACGGGGAGCUGGCUCCAGCCACUGGCCGGCAGCCGGGCAAUCACUGGUCUCCCUUGGAACAGCAUCAAACAGCGACACGAGCCUCAGAUACGUUUAGAGACUUGGCAUGCUCUAUUAGCAGAGUGAAUACCGGUAAAUCUUCUCACAACGGAAGAGGCGGACAGAGCCAUGUGUAAGCAUUAUCUACAGCAUUUUAUUCAGCAUAGUUCAGGAACAAAGGAAAACAUGUCUGCUUCCCUUCGUCUCCAGCAAAACAGCAAUAGCAAAAGCAAUAUAAAAAACAGAAGUUCCCAGCAAGUGCUGGAAGUAAACAGGCAUGUGACACACAACCUGUUCCCUUUUAAGGUGGAACGGAACUAUAUCCUAACAGACCAGUGGUAACAUGGAGAAGGGUAGGCAGCAACCACCCUCUAUUAGCAUGGUGGGGGGCAAUGAUAGGCUGUUGGCCUGCUGUCAGUCUGUCUCUUGCUUUCCUCAUCCCCGCUUCUGGCUGCACCAUGCAGGAUGAGUUGGGAUCUGGUAGAGGAUUCUCUCAGGCCAAGUGAUACCCUUCUCAUGCAGUUUUGGGUUUAAUAGUGUAAACUGGGAGCAGGAGAGAGCUAGGAGUGAAGAAGCUCUGGCUUUCAACAUCCUUGGAAAUGUAUUUCCAAGAAUGGGACCUGGGGUUCUUUGAGUGGGCCUCAGUCAUGGGGUCAGGACCAGGAAGGCACUCCUUUGUUCCAAGAUCUGAGUCUUGGGGCCAGUUCACUGCCAUUCAGCAAAAGGCUCAAUAGCUUCAGCAGAUUUGUGUGGCCUCUUUAUCCUUAGCCACUUUUGAAACACUUUUAUUGCUGGUGUCCAUGGGAAGGAAAGUGUGAGUUUACAUUGUGCAUAAGGCACACAGGCCACAUUACAGCAACAACUGAGGAAAGAAGGAAGAAAACAGAAACCUAAAGUUUGUGUAGAUUUGAAAGCGUUGUCUUCCUAACUGGAGCUUGUGUGUUCCAUCAUCAAGCACAUUAAUGUUAUCUAUGCAUGAGUGAUCCCUCCUCAUACAGGAAUGACUUGUGCUCCUCCUACCCUAACAGAUCUGGCUCCCUAGAAUUGCACAGGCUCUUCUGGCUGCACUGGCAGACGUGGUGUUGUACUCCUUGGUGAAGCGACUGGAUGGCGCAGAGGUGGCCAAGUGGGUGGUGAGUCCCUGUCUGCCUUCCUCUUUCUUGGGCUUCCGGCUGGGGGGGGUGAUGAGCGCCUGGUCCUUUGUCUUGCCUUGUGACCCUUCUUUCCCUCAUCCCACACCAGCUCUUCUUCUUCUCCUCCCACCUUGUUUCCAGUACUUCUGCCAGUUGUGUUCCUGGUUCACGUGGUACUGUUGUACCAGAACGCUCACCAACACCAUGGAAGCCGUUCUCACCAUUUUCGCUCUUUACUACUAUCCCCUGGAAGGCACCAGGACAAAGAGGAGCAGGUGAGAACACCUAUGGAUAUCUUUAAUAGCCAUUAAAGGGGCUGGGGCAGACCCCUGAUGCUUGAUUAAAAUGUUUAUAAUGGUAGGUUUGGGGAAAUGUCACACCCUUGUUGAACUUCCUUAUGCUUGGCUUUCCCCUCACGCAACAUAUUUCCAUCGCCAGCUUAGCUAUUUCUUUGUAUGUAAAUGGGGGUCAUCCAGUAAUCAAGCAUUCUUUUCGCCAUUCAAGCAAAAACACCCUUUCCCAAGAGCCUUGUCCUUCUUUUCAAAUGUGUUGUUUCCUGACAGGCAAAGGAAUGGGUUUGGUUUCAGGCGUUGCCCAGCUCCAGAUUAGCAGGGCUGUGUGAUCAUCUGUAUGGAGAAAUGCAAAAGCUCUCACAUCUGUCUGUCUGCCUCUCUUCCUUGUUGGCAACAUUUUCCUUUUCUCAAGACAUGUUAUAUAAAAGGCUGCAGUCCUCCACCCACUUACCCAAUUAUACGCAGCAGGGCUGCCUUCCGAGGUAUCCCCAUCAUAGCUGUCAAUGUUUCCCUUUUUUUAAGGGAAAUUCCCUUAUUCUGAAUAGGAUUCCUUGCAAGAAAAGGGAAAAUUUGACAGCUAUGAUCCCCAUAGCUGUGAAACAGUAAGGCUGCAACCCCCCUCCUCAUCCCCCCCCCCCCAUGGCCAGGCUCCCACACCAGCCUGGCUGGCUUUGCUGAAGCUGCCCCCAAUGUUCCUGCCCUCACCGCCGCCUCUUCUUUCCAGCAUCCCUUACUUGACCCUGGUUGCUCUUUCGUUUGUGAUUCGCCCAACCGCUCUCAUUCUGUGGGUGCCUUUGCUGCUCCGGCACUUCUGGAAGGAGCCCCAGAAGCGGCACCUCAUCCUGCACAGCUGCCUCCCAGUGGGGUAAGGGCGUCUCUUCUGAAUCUAGGCCUGGGUGAGUGCCCCAAAUAGCAGGAGCAGAGCCAGGCCACAGAUGCUGUGCAGAGCAGCUGGCCCAGCUUGCUUGCCUGGAGAAGGACUGUUCCUCCGGCCAGGAGAGGCAGCUCCCACUUUGGGCAGUGUGGAGAAGGCCCCUGAAUCAGUGCCAAGAGCAGGUGGGAGCCAGACUCUUCCUGGGAGCUGAAUUUGCCUGCUUCCCAAGGGGGACUCCAGGGAAGAGGGUUGCCGGGUGCAGCCCAGCAGGUCCCUCUUUUCUCCAGUGUGUUCUUUCUUGACAGAUUGAUCAUUCUGGGAUCCUCUUUAAUUACUGACCGAGUAUUUUUUGGCAAGGUAAGUUGGCAUUCACCCAGCAUUCUGAGAUCAGUUAAAGUGAGUUCUCCUAUAGAUGGUGCCACAGACUUUCCCUAACCAGAUGCCACUGCUUCCUGUGGUUGUUGCCAUUCUUGCAGAGGGCUUGGAUGAGGGAAUGCAUUUCCCCUUCCUGCUUGAGUAUUGCAGCCAGAUUCCAGAAGAGCUGCAAUGCACCAGCCAGGGGAGUUUCACGUCUGUCUUCACCCUCCCCCCCCCCAUUGCCACUCCACCUGGCAGCUCCUCUCCCUCAGCUCCAUGAGGCACAUCAGCGCUUGUGGGAACAGGGCUGGACUGUGCAGUUGCCAGCCGUGGCCAGGGUGGCUCAGGCAAAGAGAAACUAGUGCUGAGAGUGUGAUCCUGGCUUUGAGAUUUGUUUAUUUAACCUGCUGGGCUGCUUUUUAACUAAUGCAUUUGUUGAGCUGUCAGAUAGGAAACUCAUGGUGGGGCAAUUUGCCCGGCUGGAAAGUGCCAGGCUGAAGUUUCCCAGCCAGAGAAAGAUCAGGGUUCCCCUGUGCUCUUUGCCAGUCUCUGCUCUUGUGGAGGAAAGAGCAGAAUUGGAGAGCAGCGCUUGUGGCAUGCUCUCCUUCCCUGACUUGAAAUGAGAAAAGCCAGAGAACUGCAAGGGAAAGCAGCAGCUGGGCGGGCAGGGGAAAUUCCCCCCUUGGCUACUUGCUGAAGAGUAGAGCUGGGCGGGGGUGGCUUUUACAUCUGGCUGUUUGCCCUCUGCCCAGUUGUCCUCUGGUAUAGCUGCUGACACCAUGCCAACAAGGGCAUCCAGGUGAUUGCCUGGACUGUGGGCAUUUCCUCUCAUCUCCUCCUCUCUCUCUUUCUCUCUUUCCUUUAGGAGCGCCAAAUGAAUAAGCAACUUAAAGCAGUUCAGUAAUCCAGCCUUGAACACAAGCGCUCAGACUUUAGUAGGUUGCACUUUCUUUUUUUUGCCAGCAAACAGGCAAAAGAGGGAUGGGUAUCCCGUCCCCAUCUCCACCAGCCCACGCCCCGUCCUCUUUGGAGAGUUCUGGCAAUUAUCAGUGACAGGGAUAGUUAAGAGAUGCUUAGGCUGUGUUGAUGGAUUUGGUGCUCCAGAUUCCAAUUCCCUUGGAAGUGGGGCAUGUUGAGGAAGCCAUCCUAAGCUUACAAAAGCAUUGUCAGGACAAAUACACCACUCCUCUCACAGUUCUCUUGUUAUAAAGCCCGUCUUGUUUGCUUGCUGCUUCUUUGCUCCUGCAGUGGGUCCUGGUUCAACUGAACUUUUUGAAGUUUAACGUGCUACAGAAUGUGGCCACCUUCUACGGAUCCCAUCCAUGGCACUGGUACUUCACCCAGGGCUUCCUUGUGGUCCUUGGCCCUCACCUCCCCUUCUUUCUCCAUGGCUGCUUCCAAGCAUCAAAGAGGCAUGGCAUAUUCCUGGUGGUGGUGCUGUGGACGGUGGCUAUUUACAGGUAGGCUUCCUUCCACGCCACAGAACUCUGUGCCAGGUAUUUCCUCCUUCAGAUUUGUUGGCUAGUUUGCUUAGGGUGCUUCUAACGCUGCCUUCCUGCCAAUGUGCCAGAAGAGCCAGCUCACUGUUUAAAAUCCAAUAGGAAGAAAAUGUGGGUUCCAUUUCUCGUACAGAGUUCAGCAGUUGGUGUUCUGGUGGAUUGGUGGUGGGAGGGACAGAGCAAAAUGGUAGCCACUCUUGCCUCUCCUUCUUAUGGAGCCAGAUGGGGUAGCUUUUAUGAUGGCAUGUUGGGAGCCCCACUUGCUCUGGAAAAGUUUGAUUCCAGCUGCAGCUGGUGACCAGAGCCCUUGGUUCCGACUGCUGGGCUGGCUCUGUUCCUCCUUGUGCUGGGGGAUGGGAGGGGAGAGCUAGUCUUUCCUCCUGGGGUGGUCAUUCAGCCCAGAAGGAAAAAUGCAGUCCACCCUCCCAGGUGAAGUCUGCAAGGCGUGGGAUGCAUAACCACUCUAUCUGCACCUUGUGGAGCAGGGCUGCCUGAGUUUUCUGGCCAGCUCUGGGCCCGGCUGCUGCCUUCACCCAGGAGAGUGGGCUCCAUCUUUCCUCCUGGGGUGAACGACCACCCUGGGAGGAAAGACGCAGUUCACCCUCCCGGACAUAUGAAAGCAGGGCUGCCUCCACCCCAGCACCAGCAUCAGGCAGCCUCUGCACCACUCUGCAAGGUGUGGGGUGCAGAGCCACCCUAUCUGCGCUUUGUCUCUGCACUGCCUGUCUGAACCCGCCUGACCCCUAUGCCAAGGCAGUGGCAGAUGAGGCAAGCGUCCGGGGGCCUGACUCAGCCACCGCCGCCACCUUGGCAGGUCGGGAGGGGGGAGUCCUAACGGAGUCCGCACCCUGGCGCCGGCUUGCAAGCAGCAGGAUUGGGGUUCUCAGCUGGGGAGGGGAGCACUUUUAUGGAGCCCCCACCUUGGCGGCAGGCUCCUCCAUCACAGCUCAAGGGAGCCUUUGGAUUGGGCUGUGGCCCCAUCAGCUGGCUGCUUCUGUGACAUGGGAGGACCUUUGGCAGAUUUUUCUGCACUAAGGAUGAUUUCCUAAGGGAAGAGGCCUGGGCUUGGGAAGAUCCCUAGGCGAACCUUCCAUUUACACCUUCUUCCUGUUGUGUUACAGCACCCUGAGCCACAAAGAAUUCCGCUUUAUCUACCCAGUGCUCCCAAUCUGCAUGGUGUUCUGUGGUAAAAAAUUUAAUUUUAAACACAUUAUGAUGUUUCUGUGUGCUGUUUCAUAGAAUCAUAGAAUUGCAGAGCUGGAACGUACCCGGGGGGUCAUCUAGUACCACCCCCUGCAAUGCAGGAAUCUCAAAUAGAUCAUACAGUAAAUGUACAACAAAUAAUACAUGACAGACAGCCAUCCAAUCCCUGCUUUAAAAAACUCCAAGUUGGGCGAGUCCACCACUUCUCCUGGAAGUCGCUUCCACUGCCAAACAGCUCUCUCUUUCUGAAAGUUCUUCCUGAUAUUUAGUUGAAAUCUCCUCUCUUGUAACUUGAAGCCACUGGUUCAGGUCUUCCCUCUGGAAUAGGAGAAAACAAGUUUGCUCCAUGUGACAGCCCAUUUGAAGGUGGCCAUCUUAGCUCCUCUCAGUUUCCUCUUUACCAGGCUAAACAUACCCAACUCCCUCAACCGUUCCCCAGCUUUGGUUUCCAGAACCUUUAUCAUCUUUGUUGCCUUCUUCUGCACACAUUUCAGCUUGUCAAUAUCCUUUUUUAAUUGUGGUGCCCAGAACUGGACACCAUAUUCCAGGUGUGGUCUGACCAAGACAGAAUAGAGUGGUACUAUUAUUUCCAUUCAUCUGGACACUUUACUUCUGUUGAUGCAGCCUAAUAUAGCAUUAGCAGUUUUUGCUGCUACAUCACACUGAUUCUAGAUUGUAUUUGUGCAGUUGGUUCUUCCUGCCUGCAUAUAACCUUACAUUUGUCCCGUUUGGUCGAUAUAUUUGGGUUCUUGGUGUUGUUAAAUGUUCACUCUAAAGGAAAAACUUGCUGUUGUGGAAGUUUUAGUGCCAAAAUGUGUCUCAUCUUUGAGAAGUUUGAAAUACUGCUUCCUUCUUCUAGGGGGAAUGAGCAUCUUAAAUGGUUUGAUACAGAGAUUGUGUGUGUCAGUGCAGGAAAAAAUGCUGCCAUUGUGUCCAAAUUGGCUAACAUCCAUCAAAAGAGCGUACCUGAAAAAGCAAACUGUCCAAUAGUGACACAUUAUUUCACUCCCAGUGAUUAAUAAGUACAUCUUCUACAUACAAUGUUGUUGUUUUUUUAAAAAAAGCUUCAGCUGUGGCUUCUGGCAGGUUUAGUGCUUGGGCUCUUUCCGAGGCAGGAAUGAAAGUAAAGUCUGGGCAGUCUUUAUAGAAGUAGCUCUCAGACAUUUGAUGGGAGGGAGGGAGGCCAAGCUGAAGGGGAGGUUGAAUGAUGAGAAGCCUCAGGGCUGAGCCAAAGGAGGAAGGGUCUUUGAAGGGGAAGCUUUAGGUGUUAGGAAAGCCCCACCACGCUGCUGUUUGGAAGUCUCUGGAACUGCUCAGGUCCCUGAUCUCAAGGACCCUAGAUUCAUCCGCUCCAUUUUCUGCUCCCUUCCCCCUCCUCCCUGUAGGGCAUUCUCUUAAGCAGCUGAAAAGGUGGCAGCGGGCAGCAGCCGUCUCCUUCCUGCUGGUGACAAACUUGCUGCCUGCCCUCUACACUGGCUUGGUCCAUCAGCGUGGAACCCUGGAUGUCAUGGGCCACCUGCAAAGCCUCUGCAGCGCUCCUGCUGACUCUGCAGAGCAGCCGGCAUCCGUCUUCAUGCUCAUGCCCUGCCAUUCAACUCCUUUUUAUAGGUAAGACCCAGCAGGGGGUGUAUGCGUGUGAGGUUCUGGUGGCACUCUGCAUGGGAAUCUGCAGCUUUUCUGCUCUUUUACUGCCAGAGCAAUUCAGAGGAGGCAGGAGAAGGUGAAUCCAAGGUGGAGGAACCACAUCAAAAGCCCUCCUGCGAUCACACUGGGAGGGCAAAAAGCACUGGGGAAGGGGAGCUGCCGUUUCCCUCCCGCCUCUUUCUUUGGCCUUUUUCCUUUCUGUUGAUCUCAGCUCCAGGAUUAGCAUACUUCCAUCUCCUUCUGGAUUAUGUCAGGGGAACAGAAAGGCUUUGGAUUUGGCAAAGCCACCCCCAGAAUGUCACUUUUCUGCUGAAAGGGACAGCUGCGGAGAUUUUGUGGCUGCAAUGAUCCUCUGUGGGGCAACCUCCUGACCUGGCCUUUGGAACAGCCUGCCAGCGACAAUUGAUAGGAUUGUCCUCUAAAUAGUUUAUGCUGGAUUGACGCUGAUGUAAUCAGCCUUGGAAUAAGUUUCUCCUUAAACUGAUUCAUUAUUAGUCUACACCUCUGUGCUAUACUUUUUGUAACAGCAGCAGCCUUUGUGGGCUUAAUUGUGUCUUUCUGGCUGGAUCAGCAGCUGUUGCUGGAACUGAUGCAAAGAGCUUGAGAUAGAGAACCCAGAACCCUGUAUCUGUGUAACACUUUGCCCAAGCACUUGAAGCCAGUUUCACACUUGAGGGGACCCUGGAAGUUGUGCCCCUAUUGAGAUUGUAGGAACCUUGACUGUACCCUAAACGGCCUCGGUCCUGUAUACCAGAAGGAGCGUCUCCACCCCCAUCGUUCAGCCCGGACACUGAGAUCCAGCGCCGAGGGCCUUCUGGUGGUUCCCUCAUUGCGAGAAGUGAGGUUACAGGGAACCAGACAGAGGGCCUUCUCGGCAGUGGUACCUGCCCUGUGGAACACCCUCCCUUCAGAUGUGAAGGAAAUAAGCAGCUAUCUUAUCUUUAAAAGACAUCUGAAGGCAGCCCUGUUCAGGGAAGUUUUUAAUAAUUAACGCUGUACUGUUUUUAACACUUGAUUGGGAGCCGCACAGAGUGUGGCUGGGGAAUUAUUAUUAUUAUUAUUAUUAUUAUUAUUAUUAUUAUUAUAGCUGUUGAGCCAUUUCCCCAUCUUUGCACCUGUAAAGUCAGUGCCACUUUCAAUUCCAAAGCACAGGAAGUCUCCACUGCCUCACGCUUUGUCUUCACCAGGUGACAUGGGGACUAUCUGCAGCAGUCUGUGGAAAAGACACCUUCAGCCCUUUCCACCCAUCCUGCAGGUCCCAUUUUUGCUGUGCCUCUCAACUGAUAACACACACAGACACUGUGGAUCAGCACGUGGAAAAGAAGCGCUGCCAACACUUGCUAAUGCAAAAUAGCCUCAGCCAUUUGUAUUAAUGCCUGCUUCUCUCUCCCCCCCCCCCUUUCUAGCCAUGUUCAUUGCCCACUACCUUUGAGGUUUCUUCAGUGCCCCCCUGAUUUGACCGGAAGGGCAAAUUACCUUGAUGAAGCCGACUUAUUUUAUGCAGACCCUCUCAGCUGGCUCAGUGAAACGUUUUCCAAUGUUACGCUGCUACCCACACAUUUGGUGUUCUUCAGUGUUCUUGAGCAGGUAAGGGAAGCGCAGAAGAAUCCCAGUCUCAUUGUUUUCAGUGGGGCAUCGAGCAAACCCCUAUUGGCAUCUUCAUCAAGGAGAUGAACGAGAUGAUUACAGAGGGUGUAAGCAACUGGUUUUAUUGUUGUUUUGAAAUUGUGACCCACCCGGGGACUUUGGGGUAGAGGAUGGGAAAUGAAUGCUGCAUAGCCCAAAAGGUCCCAGAAAGCAGGGGAUGGGGAGGGAGGAGCAUACACGUAUUUAAGAAGAUAAAAGAGUUUACUGGAUGAGACCAACUGUCUGCGUCUCUCAUUGCUCCCUCUGAAGUUGGGGGUUCAUAUUCCUUCCAUGACUGAAUUGAUAGGCUUCAUUCUCAUCCUCUGUGCCACUAAAGCUAACAGACAUCACCUCACCUUGGAAGUUACUUCCACCCGUGAACUCCACACUGUAAGGAAGGGUUCACAUUUUGGGUUGUCCACAGUUCUCUUUGAUCCAGCUAAUUUUUCCUCUUGUGAUACCGUUGAAAAUAAACUAUCAGAAAAUGGUGCCACAAAACGUGUUCCAUGUGGAGAAAUUCAGAGCACCUGAACUGGUCAGGCCAUAGCAAGGAUAGUCAGUGUGGUGGUGCCUGCGAUGGCGUGUGUGUAUGUGUGUGUGUGUUCACGCACUCUUCUGGGAUGAACUAUAGUCCUGCUCUAUGGCAGCCAUUUUGUGACUGGUGCCUGUUGCACUGUCUCAAAAUAAAAAAACAAAUGUGUACUGGUCCAAAAAGGUUGGCAACCUUUACGGCAAUGAAUACAGAUGAUGGAUUUGUGCUCUUUCCACUUUUAUGAAAAUACAAGUUGUUAGUGGCUGAUGAGUUACUCAACAAAAUUAGGUUGAAAAUUUAACUUCCUAGCAAUAUACAAUUCUACAGUGCUCCUUCCCCUCCCCUCCCCCCGAUCUUCAAAAUAAAUGGUGGAAAAAUGAAUGUGGCCAGCAUAAUGAUGGUUCUUCCUCAAUUCUUGUUUGCUGGACCCUGAUGUUUGGUCCAGACCUGUUACUUGAAUAUUGAAUUUUUUACUUCUAGGAUAUAUCAUCAUUUCUAGUUACAAAUAGGUAUGAAAAAGUUGCCACGUUUUUUCACACUCAUCUGCCUCAAGGACGGAUCGGGAGCUCCAUUCAUGUCUACAAAAGAAAUCAAAAGCGCCUUUGAAGAUGGUCUCAGUCCAGACAACAAAUGCAGGAACGUAACUAUAUCUUGUUCAAAGAUCACCGCAUGGGUCUGUGUUUCACAUGAGAUAUAGUUAAUAGGACAGUCCUCUUCGCUUAGCAGUAAAUCUUGCUGAGUUAAUGGAACUCUGAUUGCAGCCUGGACCAUUUUUCAUUGCGGGUGUAGAGAAGACACACUUCAGCAUGGACAGCAUGCACAAGAUAACAGAAGAGUGGCCUUAACAAAGGCUUUGAGUCCUUCUCUGAGGAUGUUUAGCUAUGCAAACUUAUAA